GGGCGGGCGGGACCGUGCGGCCGCAGUGAGCGCGGCCGGCCGAGCGCGGGGGGCGGCGGAGCCCCCGCGCCGCGGGCACCAUGGACAGUAUCCUGGAGCCCUUCCCCGCCGAGCGGCUCUUCCCUGCCGCCGGCACCGGCUUCCUCGACUUCAGCGACUUCAGCGAGGCGGACUUCCUCAGCAAUGUGCAUUUCUCAGACAACCUGGAUCACUUCUCCGACAACAUGGAGGAUUUCUCCAAUGACCUCUUCAGUAGUUUCUUCGAUGACCCAGUACUGACUGAGAAGAACCCAUUGCUGGACAUGGACCUGGAUCCACCCACUCCAGGCAUCCAGGCAGAGCACAGCUAUUCCCUCAGUGGAGACUCUGCUCCCCAGAGCCCCCUUGUGCCUGUCAAGACUGAAGAUAAUACUAAUGAGCUGGAGAAUGGAGUGUGGUCGCUGGGGCCCAAGCUCUGCUCCAUCAUGGUGAAACAGGAACAGAACCUGGCUCUAGACCUGCCUGAGUCCCAGCUAGCUGCCAGCUCCAUACCAGUGCUGAACCUCAACCCUCUGCAGAGACUGCCAGUCCCCGAGGAGAUUCCCAUAGAAAUGACUCCAGCACCUGCGAUCAAAGCUGAACCCAAAGAGGUGAACCAGUUUCUAAAUGUACCUACAGUAGAUGACCUGGUGCAGAUGCCUCCAACUCCACCCAGCAGCCAUGGCAGCGACAGCGAUGGAUCUCAGAGCCCUCGGUCCCUGCCUCCCUCCAGCCCAGCCCGGCCUGCUGCUCGCUCUUCUACUGCCAUCUCCUCCUCACCUCUCCUCACAGCACCACAUGGUCCUGCAGUACAAUUGUGUAGCCGGCCUCACCACAAAAGAGCAGAUGCCCUCCCAAAAAUUACAGGAACCUCUGGCCCGCUGCUCUUGACUGAAGAGGAGAAGCGCACCUUGAUUGCCGAGGGUUACCCCAUUCCUACCAAGCUGCCCCUCACCAAAGCAGAGGAGAAAGCACUGAAGAGAGUCAGGAGGAAAAUCAAGAACAAGAUCUCUGCUCAGGAGAGUCGCAGGAAGAAGAAAGAGUAUGUGGAGUGUCUAGAGAAAAAGGUUGAGACAUACACAACAGAAAACAAUGAACUCUGGAAGAAAGUGGAGACCUUAGAAAAUGCAAACAGGACUCUGCUCCAGCAGUUACAGAAGCUGCAGGCUCUGGUAGCUGGGAAAGUCUCCAGACCUUAUAAAAUGGCUUCCACGCAGACUGGGACCUGUCUAAUGGUGCUGGCACUCUGCUUCGUUCUGAUCCUGGGAUCCCUGAUGCCCUGUCUCCCUGAGUUCUCCUCAACAUCACAGACAGUGAAAGCAACACCAGCACCAGACAUUUACACAACUAGUAAGAUUCAGUCACGGAGCCUUCUUUUCUAUGAUGAGGGUGCUGGCUCCUUAGAAGAGAGCUAUAGCUCCUUCCUAACCAUGGACCAUCCUGAGGGGUGGGAGGCCGAAAAAAGGCAGUCUGAGGAGGGAAGGCCUCAUCUGGCCAGGACACAUGAGACAGCCAAAUAUCUGAGCAAAACACAGCUGGAGGGUCCUGACCAGAACCGAACUGACACAACUCUCACCCACCUCAAAGAGCAAUUCCAUAAGAGGGAGACAAGCUCCAGUGAGACAACUGAAUUCUUGUAGCAGCUGCUGGACCUCAAGGCCUCAUUUGUCAGAUUGCAGGAUUCCCUCCUCACCAAGCAACUGAGGGGACUUGGCAGGCGAGGGCACUGCAUUCAGACACUCAUAAACUGGCCUUGGGUUCAGCUCCUCCCCUUCCCCAUUCUCCCCAUUAGUAAUGAUCUCCCUAAGGGGAGUCACAGGACUGCCAGAACCAGCAAUAGAUGUCUGGAGAAGCCCUGGACACCCUCUUCUCCUGGCCUUACCUCCUGCUUAAGUGAGCACUACCCUAUGGAUGUGGGCUCACCUUGAAGUGGAGGGAGAUCAGAGGAAGCCCCCAAACUACUCAGCUCACUCCCCAAAGCCUCCAAACCAAGGGGGCUGUCCCCAGCUGUGUACCCCUUGGCUACAUCAGAUGCACCUGAAGGAGAGAGAGAGAGUGAGAGAGAGAGUGUUGGAUUUACUGUCCUGCCUAGGGUACUAGGAGUGGGUGAUACUGGUGCUCGAGAGAUGGCUCUGGAGAGUUUGAGCUCAUUCCUUGCCCUCAUCAGUUAGUAUAUUUCUGCUUCCAUUGAGAGAAAACCUAGUUCUUCCUUGCUCUAGUUUUCUCUUGAUGGACAUGCCUACAUAACGCCAACUAUCUGCAAAAAUCUGCACACAAAUGGAGUGGGGGAGACAGAUCCCAGACCAAUAAAUCACCAUAAAAAUUAGCCAGCAGCUUCUAGAUAACCAGAGCUCUGAAACAGAGAACAAUUUUCCCCCACAACCCACUUCUCCCCACCCUCAGCACCCCUGCUUUGGCAGGGGUGGCAUUUCUCCAUUUGUUCCCAGCUUGGGCCCUACAGUGCAGUGCUAACCAGGUCAGUGGUCUUCUCACUUUCCAUUCUGCAGGCAUUUCAUUUAAGAGUGAGUGAAACACAUUUCCAUAACCUGACCCCCAUCCCAGCUCUCCGUCUCCAGUUCGGUUUCAUGCCAAAUAGGGUCUUUCUAGGAACCAGCAAGGAAGGCUCUGCAACCCAUUGGAGGUCUGUCAGAUUAGCCAUCAUUCCCCUCACAUCCUCUGUGUGCACACAACACAUAGUGUUGUGAAAACCACUGAGGACAUACUGGCAUUUCUGGAGACAGGUACAUCUGUCAGAAAAGAGGUGGCAUGUUGGAAUUGGCCAGGGUAAUGAAAGGCAGUUUUAGACCUCUUCCUUCUAAGUACUUACACCAAAGGUAGCAAACUCUUGCCAUACCAUCCCUCAGGCCAGACUUGCCAAUUUUGGUGUUGAAGCGACCUCAUCUCAAGCCUAUGCCAUCCUUUUUAGCACCCAGACACCCAUUUCUGAUCCUUCUUCCUCCCCAGCAAAAGCCCUGUAGAAAGGCUCAUGUGUCUCCUCGCUCCAUUCCCUCAGCUGCCAUUUGAUGGAAGGACAACGUGGGACAUGAGUGUUGGAGAUCUGGGAUAUGGCAGAUUGCCCCAUGUUUUAACACGUGUCCCUGUGCACUCUGCCAGGGUACUCUGCAGGCUCCUCUUCCACUUGUUUCUCAUCAAGCACCCUGGACUCACUCUGCACUGCCCCAGCCUCUCCUCUUUCCCCAGUCUGGGAGUGGAGAAGGUCCCCUGGAGAGGAAGGAUGGGAUGGCUCUUGCUCAGUGAAUAGGAGAAGUGAGGGAAGGGCCCUCAUAUCCUUCUUUUCUCCCUUUUGAAACUUGGUUUUGUCCUCCAACACCAUUUAGGAAAAAUUUGGACACAGAUAGCUGCAGCCAUACCUACAUGGCCAGUGGGGUGAGGAAGAGGAAGGCUUUCAGCAUAGCUCUCCUCAAGGUCACCAGAUACCACUGCAUUUCCCAUCCUCCACCUCCACCCCAGCACAAAGAACCACUGCCGGGUCCAAGCACGCCCUCCUCCACCCCAGCACCUCCACUGAGCAUGUCCCCGUGCCUCUCACUCCCACUGUUGUACAGAGACCAAGAGCAGAACUCGUUUGUACAUAAUGAACCUUAUUUUGUAUUAUUGCUGAUCCCUUAAGAUAUUGUAUUUUGGAGACUCUCAGAUCCUAUUUUCAGUAUUGUAUUUUAUUAAGAAUUAGUGCGGGCUUGGCAUCUAUGAACUUCUUUCUUGUAGCAGCUCACUUUCCACUUAUAGUCCAGCAGCUGCCUCUUCCCUCCUCUUUGGUUCAGUUGGUUUUUUUUUUUUUGUUGGGUUUGUUUUGUUUUUUGGUUGUUUGUUUUUUUCCAAGCCACCUUUUCUCCUCCUCCUAUUACUUGCUCUGCAUUUGCUUUGUGAAGCAAAAUAAAAAUAAAAUAAAAAAGUUGCAGCAUCAAUCCUGGGUUCACAGGUCCUUUUCAUUGAGGCAUGGUCAUGCCAGCCCACAUGCACAGCUCCUCACCUCCUGCUCCCUGUUCCAUUCCCACGCCACAUGCAGAAUUGCUUCAGUGCUAGGACCUCAUGCUCAGUGUUGGGGGCUAGAAGCAAACUUGCAUGUUUUAUUUGCAGCAUCACUGUCAUUUCUUCUGCAGUUCUGAACAAUUCAGAACUGUUCUGUCUCAGAUCCUUUUCCCCCUCCAAAAUACCACUAUCAUCCUCUUGGAAGGAGAAGAUCAUGGAAGAAAGUCUGUGAAGUGCAGUGAGCUCCUCGGGUGCAGGGACUGUGAAGAGGUCUGUACAACAAAGAGAUAGCACUGUGGCUCUGGUCCCAUCCUGUCUGAAGAAAUACUUAAAUCCUUCCAUUAACUGUAAAAGCAGAGUAGCUGUGCUCUCAAACGGGCAAUGACCUGGGUCCUGGCUGGCUGGCUGGCUGACAAUCCAUUGGCAUCUGUGAAAACUGGUAGGUUUUGUCCUGAUUUUGUGUGAAACACAAGGCAAAAGGGUCUAGAAAACAAAUCUUCAUUUUCUAUAAAGCUCCAAGUGGGUACAUUAGAAUUUGGUUAUUGAAACAACUCUUUCUUGUAGUCAGGGCCUCCAUAUCUGGAAGACAGCCCAAGCAGCAGCCCCUUUCAGGGAUGCUACAAGGUGGCUCUAUCUCUCAGCUCUGGCUGGAUGGUACCGCAGGACCCUCUUUGCCACAGCAGAAGAAUGUAAGGCUCGGGGCUUGCAAAGGUCUCUUUCUGUGGAUUAUAAUUUCUUGGUGGAGAAGAGUAAAGUUGAUGCCACGCUGUUGUGACAGGGCUGGCUAUUGAAGAGUGGCUGGGACAGAGAGCAGCUUUCUUUUCUUGGUCAGGGUCUGUACUAAUGAGAGGGGCUUUGAUGUGGGAUCCAUGGCAAGUUAGAUUGACGUGGGUUUUGCAGAGCUCUGUAGAACUCUCCCUGCACACCCACUAGGCAAGGAGAUGCCUGGCCUUGCCCUAUAGUUUGUGUCCCAGUCCAGAACUAGUUUUGAUGUUCUUCCUGUGACACCUCAUCCAAAAGCAGCCUCCUAUCCCUGCGUCAGUAUGAUGCACCUUCCCUCACUGUGGGGUGGGGCUGCUCUCUGCACUCACCAGAUUUCAUCUGAGGGAGGGGCUCCUGCUUUGUUCACCCCUGUGAAACUUCACAUAGCUCUGUAGGAAUUGCCUUCCAGGGAGAUUCUGGCAUGCACCCUUCAUGCACACUGGAAAACAGGUGCAAGAGGGAAGUUCUUAAAAUGAUGAGUUCUCAGGCCUUUGCACCUUAUCACUGAUGCAGCCAGAGCAACCAGAACCCCCUUCCAUCAGGAGAAAAUUUCCCUUCAUCUUGACAAAUCCUCCUAAUUCUGCAGUCUACUAGAUAACUCUGAGCUGCUCAAAGCAGGCACAUUAGGAUCUUUUGAUCCCCGCUAUGCCUCUUGAAAUGGAGCCAGCCAAUCACACCUACCAAUUUGGCUACAGCAGCUAAUUAGAGCAGAACGAGAGAAAGCAAAGCAAGAGUCACCUUCUUUGCAAGUCACCUUCAGCCUCAUUCAGUUGCACUUGGUCUGCUCCAAGUGCCCCCAGUCAAGCUUUGCCACGCCAAGAUGGGCUUUUGCCCAUUUAGGGUCACAUUUCUAGGAAGCCUCUGCACUCUCAACACUUACAAGCCCUGAACAAAGGAACACUAAUGGAACAAGGACUUCGUUUUUCAGAAACAAAUUAUUCCUGACUGUUCUCUGUUACCAGGCCAAUUGAAAAAAGGAAAAAAAAAAAAAAAGAAAAGAGAAAAUAAUUGGUUUUUGAGGAUCACUGCUGCCAAGCGGGUCACUGGCAGUGCAUAGCAGAAGCCUGGUGGGGAUCUUUUGUUCGUUACAGAAGGACAUGUCUUGUUAGGGAUCUCAGGAGAGCAUCCCUGCUCUCCAAGCCUGGCACGGUCUCUCUUGCUGUUCCCAUUUGGGAGUGUGCUAGCACUCAC